AUGCAUUACAACCAGGGCGAUCUAAAAUCGAUGAGAAAGGUCAUCGAAUCAAUUAGCAUAGAUGCUUCUCACGCCAUGGAUUGCAGAAACCAAACACACACGCUGCAGACCGAGAUUCACGAACUACAAAAACAACUACUGGGUCUCAUAGACAAGAAACAAGCUGUGUCCGAUGAUUUAUUCAUUCAAGAAUUUCGUGCCUUAGGCUCUUGGAUCAAGUCAUUCAGCAGGGAUUUUGAAGUUGGCGAUAUGUCCCAAAUUAUGUGCAUCACAGAUAUUCGCCGAAGCCGUCUUUUGAAUGGCGCCCGCCUGCCUUCUGGACAUGUGAUUUCGAACAUCAACUAUCUCAUCGAGGCAUAUAUGUGGUCCAUACUAAUACAGGAAAUUUUUGAUUCUCCUUUUCUCAUGUUGGGAUAUCGGUAUGGGGACCUUACCGAUAGCUUCACCUCCUUGUUCGGCAACGACCACCAAAACGAAUGGCCUAUUCCACACGAAAACGUGGAACGAUGGAAGUAUCAAACCAUCGAGCAUUUUGUGCAGGAAGUUGGUUUCGAUGCAAUCGCUAAAGGAACUCCCGCGCCAAAAAACCCAGUCAUGGCCGAGAGUAUCAGUUACCAGCGCGAGAGUGUCAUAAAGCAUAUCGCGAAACCACUUACCUGCCUCAAGACAAACCUCGAAUUUGGCAAUUUAAGAGCGAUUGUUAACAAGGCUUUCAAACUCUCGCUGCAGAUGAACCUUCAGCGCUGCCGCCUUCAGGCAGUCUUUCCUACAGUGGGAGACGGAUUCCGUCGAGAAAACCACCAUGGACUGACGAGCGUUAAGGAGUGUGAAGAUGUAAAAAGGGGAGUUGUGGCUUUCACCGUCAACCCGGGACUUGCAAAAUGGGGCGAUACUCAUGGCCAAAACCUCCGCGAGCGCGUGGACUUGGUGCCCACACUUGUCUACGUUCAGCCACCGGCCACCAUCAAGAGGGAGUAUAUUGAUUGA